UAAAUGAGACGAGGUUUUUGCCCUGUUCCCGCGGGGGCGGCGACAGACUCGGAACAGCAGUUAAGCAAACUCCGAUAUGCGUUUAACGUAUGCACCUGUUAUUUUUUCAGGUGUUCGUCGCGGGCCUGACGUUGAUCGGGCGGGCAAGCGCCGCCGCCGUCCCAGAGCCGGAGUCUGCUCCAACCGGCUUCGUCUCCAUCCCGGCCCGACAUGGAGAUCCCUCGUUGUCUCCGGAGAGAAUCACUCUGGAGACCGCCUCCGCCUCCACGGGCCCCAGAAAGAAAGCAACGUCACUCAAGAAAAAGAAAUGGCCCAAGAAGUUAUUCUGGGUGAAGGGAUCCUCGCCGAAACCCGCCUCGACAACGACGACGCCGACACCCGAUUCUCAGAGGUUCGCCUACCUCGAAGGGAUCCGGAGUGCUCUAGAGAGGAAGAAUGUCGGAUUAAGACCGCAUGAGUACUUGGACGCCAUGCGAUCCGAGCUCCAGGCGAAGAGGGUGGAGGAGGCUGUGCGGUUGAGUUUGUUCGAGUAUCUCCUCGCUCUGUUUAGUCCUCCGCCGCCUCCUAUCGUGACCGCGAAACCACCCGUGGAGGUGGAGGAGGAGGAGGAGGAGGGGUCGGAGUAUCUGGAUGAGAUCGGGAUGGACGCUGAGGAUGAGUAUUACGACGCGGAUGAGGAAUGGAUCAAGGAGGUCAUGGAAACCUCGAAUGAUUUUGAUGGAGAUUUGACUGAUGGUAAUACCACGGAUUCCACGAAGGAACCCGAGCGUAAACCGGAGGAGACUGAGCCGGGAGAAACGGAGGCGAGCGAUGAUAAACCGGCCGAUCGGAAACCGGAUGACGCCAAACCAGCAGGCGAUAAAGCAGCUAGUCUGAAACCGGCUGACGCUAAACCGAUAGAUGAGAAACCGGAUGACGCUAAACCCGCAGAUAAGAAAUCGGAUGACGUCAAAAUAGCUGAGGAUAAACCGACAGGCCAAAAACCGGCUGACGCCAAAGCAGGAGAUCAGGAAACGGCUGACGCCAAAGUAGCAGAUCAGAAACCGGCUGACACCAAAGCAGCAGAUCAAAAACCGACUGAAACCGAAGCAGCAGAUCAAAAACCGAAUGACGGCAAAGCAGAAAAUCAGAAACCAGAUGACGCUAAAGCAGCAGAUCAGAAAACGGCUGACGCAAAAGUAGCAGAUCAGAAACCGAAUGACGCCAAAGCAGCAAAUCAGAAACCGGAUGACGCUGAAGCAACAGAUCAGAAAACGGAUGACGCCAAGCCAGUUGACCAGAAACCAGCAAAAGCAGCAGAUCAGAAAUCAAAUAACGUCAAACCAACACAUCAGAAACAGGAUGACGCCAAACCAGCGGACCAGAAACCGGACGUGAGCAAACCCACCGAGGUCAAACCAGUUGGGAAGAAAACACCCGACGAAAUAAAUGUCAAGAAAGACGACAAGAAGCCAGAAGACGCCAAGUUAGAGGAUUCAAAACGUGAAGAUCUUAAACAGGAUGACGUUAAACUGGAAACCCCUGAAAGCUCCUCUAAAUUCGAAUCGAAAACCGUCGACCAAAACUUACCGAUCGAAAGCUGGAGCGCCCUGCAAGCGACCUCAAAAGAGAUCGAAGAGUCUAUCGCUCACCUGAAACGCGUCAUGAACACUGCCAAACCUGCUCAAGAUAAAACGGGUCGAAAUUCGAUGGAAAGACAAGCUUUCCUCGGAAAUCUGGGCUACGGCGGGGUUGCCGGCCUAUUCGAUCCAAUGUUGAUAUGGACGAUGCUCUACCAAGGCGUGUCGCAAGCAGGGUCCCAGCUAGUCAAUGCCGCUUUGAGUGACCCUCACUUUCAGGCAAAGCUCCAGGCGGCCAAGAAGCAGAAGCAGAAGGUGCAGCAGGAAUCCCCGCUAAGGAGGGAGAGCUUCGCUGAGGACAACGAGCUGAACUUAAAGUUUCAGGAUAGUAUCGAGACAGUCAUGAGUGAACUUGGCAGAGAGAUCAGCCCGAAACCAACUUAUGGACAGAAUUCAGUUGUGCUUGAAAGUAAGCAGGGGAAAGCAGGAGCGAAGGGGAAGAAACAGUCAGAACCAAUUGCGAGCUCAACCACGAGGAGCCGGUUGGAUGGUGAUUCCAACUGGGGUGAUUCAUUGCUGACAACGGAAGAGGAAUCGGAGGACUCCACGAUAUCGCCGAAACUCCCGGCGUUUUGGUUUAAACAUUGAGUGAGUAUCGUGAUCCCUAGAAGCAACGACUGUUUGAAAACUUUAAACAAUUUCGUAAAUUUUAAAAGGCAACUCUUGAAAAAAUUGUCAAAAUUUACAUUUUCGGCUACUCUUAAAGAUUAUUUUUAAG